AUGGAAUUGAACGCGGGGUUUGGUGCGAGCCUCGAGGAACUUUCGUGGCGUGGUCCUGGAGGUUGUGACAAAGCGCUCGCUCAAAAUAUGCCACCCAAACGGAAAAGAAACGCGUCUUUAUCCCCGAAAGGUUUUGCUGCUGGUGACCAGCUGAAACGCAACGCGUUACCGCGUCCUUCUACAUCCGACCCUUGGGGCUGGGUUGUUUCUGAGGUCUCCGACGCAGCAGGCAUCACGCAAGAGCAUAGUAUCUCUGCCUGCAAUCUUGCUGCAAGAAAUAAGAACACUUCAUGCCGCAACAAGUAUUCUACAAUUACUGUCAAGAAGGAUGCUGGGACCCCGAAAGCUACCCCGCCUUCGUCAACCGCUGCAGGGGAACUAGAAGACGAUAUCAUUGUAAUUUCCGACGACGAUGAACCCUCGUGCCCGAAGAAGGAAUGCAAGGCGAAUCCUAUGUGUCUCAAUUAUCUAGGACAAGACUUGUGGGAGGAUGAAGAGCAGGCUGAAGAAGAAUUCAUGAAAAGUGCAAAUUUAGGCAAGGAUCCUUCGCGAAACUCACGCGAACCUGGUCUCCCGGUGGGAUUGAAGAAUCUCGGUGCUACAUGCUAUGCAAAUGCGUCUCUACAAGUCUGGUAUCGAGAUUUAGCAUUCCGCUCUGGUGUUUAUAGUUGGAAGCCACCGGAUAACAUACCUGUGGAAAGGUACAAGGCAGGUCCUCCGUCUGACCUCAUGAAAUUGCAAGGUUAUGACAUCCUCGGUCAGGACUCACCUAUCUUCCAGUUGCAAGUGACAUUCGCCGCUCUGCAAGGGGGAAACAAGAGUGCCUUUAAUCCUACAAAAUUGGUCGAAAGCCUUCAACUACGAGCUUCAGAACAACAAGAUGCUCAAGAAUUUUCUAAGCUAUUCAUGACGCACCUUGAUGCUGAAUUCAAGAAGCAAGCGUCCCCUUCCGUGAAAUCUCUGAUCGAGGAUCAGUUCCAAGGCAGCCAAGCCUAUGGGACGAUUUGCCACGCUUGUAAAAACCGAUCCGAGAGAAGUUUCGAUUUUCUUGAAAUAGAGGUAGCUUUUGAGAAUAACGCGAUGCUUGAAGAUUGCAUUUCUACUUCGUUGCUACCUGAAACAUUGUCUGGAGAUAAUCAAUAUUUCUGUUCUCGUUGUGAGGUACUACAAGACGCGACACGAUACACAGAACUACGCCAACUGCCGCCCGUUCUACACUUCUCACUACUACGAUUUGUUUAUGAUAUUUCAACGAUGGAGCGAAAGAAGUCCAAGCAUUCAAUUUCUUUUCCGUUAGUUCUCGACAUGAACAAAUUUCUGGGAUUGCGACAUAAUCGGGAAAGUGGCGGCUCCACAGACGGCAGCGAUAGUAUGUACGAACUGCGAGGCAUUCUUCUGCAUAAAGGGGCAAGUGCAUAUCACGGCCAUUAUGAAGCCCAAGUCAAUGACAACGAAAAUGGGACAUGGUUCCAGUUCAAUGAUGAGACGGUGACGAAGAUCCAAGCACUGGGUGACAACAAAGUGGCUAGAAAGAAAGCGAGCGAUGAAUCCCAUGAGAAAGCUGAAGGCGAUGAUGAGCGACCCAGCACUUCGCAAAUGCAGAAAAAAAGAGCCAAUGCGAGAAAACGAAAAAGAAUUGAAGAUAGCGACGACGAAAUUGAGGUUGUUGGAGCGAAAAGAAAAGCGUCUAGCAUCCCAUCACCAAAGCCGGCUGAAGGACCCAACCCAAUUACUUCCAAAGACGCGUAUAUGCUCAUAUAUGCAAAGAGGAAUUAUGACUCGAGCAAAACGCUCUUGUAUCCAAAACCACCUGAUAGAGCCCUGAAAAUUGUUCAAGGUCUCAACGAGGCGCAUACUGAAGCAUGUCGGAUGUUCGAAGAAAAGAAGGGUUCCCUGAAGGCGCAUUUUCAAAAGCUACGACAGACAGUCCGAAGUAUUUAUUCCUGCUGGUCCACACCUUCAACUAAAGAUUGCAUCGUUGCUAGUCGACAAGCACUCGAAGCCUGGUUGUCCAAUGCUUGCAUUGAGGCUACCCUUCGACACUCUGGUGUCACCUCUCCUGCCGACGCACCUUCUCAAGGGUCCUCAGAAGAAUCCACUUCUGUCACUAUAUCCUUGGAUGAUAUAACCUGUGAGCAUGGGAUGCUGGAUCCCCUUAAGGCCAAGGACAUGAAAUGCAUCACACCGGCUGCAUAUGUUCAACUCGUGAAAGAAACCAACUGCAUAUUCGAUACCGUCCUGAGACCCUCAGAUGCCUGCACUGAAUGUGUUUCCAUGUUGUUUAUGGAGAAACUUUACGAAAUCGAACAUCCACGCCACGCAAAGAAAUUUGACGAGAUCUCGGUUGUACCUGAGGAUGGGGUUGGUUAUUGGCUUUCUAAGAAGUGGUGUCGAGAUUGGCGGCUUAUCAAACCUCGAAUGCAUGAACCUUUCCGGAACGACCCAGCACCGGACUCUGAAGAGUUCCGUAGUCACGUCUUUUGUGAACAUGGUGGACUGUCUUUGAGCACCACCGGCCGCAGGAAGAUUUCUGCGGAGGCUGUCACCCUUCUUCGAAAGCUGUUUCCGACAUGGACACCCCUUUCUAGUGACACGGAACCGUGCGCCGUUUGUGAAGCAGAAAUUCACGUGUCUAAGGAAGACAAACGAGAGGUCAGACGGCGAAUAGAAGACGAGAAGGCCCGGUUACGAUUUAUCUAUGAACCGACUCUUGAUACCUGGGCGGUCGACAGAUCGACGAGAACUCAAUGUGCAAUUGUACCAUCGCAAUUUAUAAAGAAGUGGAAGCGCUGGCUAAACAGUCCCGACAAUGCACGACCCGAGAGCAUCGAUAAUUCGUCCUUUCUAUGCAAGCACGGUUUGCUCCUGCUUGAUCCCAAUUGUUCUACCGAUCUUGACUCGUCUGUCAUUGUCAUUCAGAGAGAAGAUUGGGAUACAUUGCUAUCAAUUUAUUCUGGUGGACCAUUGAUUGCUCUCACAAAGCUACCAUCAGGAGACGAACGUGUCUACGACCACGAUGUGCCAGUUUGUGCUGAAUGUCGGUUGAAAAGACGGACUGAAUGGGACACAGCAGACGUUGUCAUUCGGCUGUUUAAUGGUAAUGGAAAUACCAAUGCAGUAAAGAAACCCCUUGGAGGCUACGGCCUGACUAACGGGUCCCGACAAUCAAAGCGGCUGCGCCAGGCUCAUGAGCAUGGCAAAAGGCGAAUUCUCACUGUCUCGAAGACCUCGACAAUAAAAGAAAUCAAGGUUAUGAUAAACGAGGAGUUCUCUAUUCCUACGAUCUGUCAACGCCUCUUCUAUAAAGAGAAGGAACUUGAAGACAAUUCUGCCACAGUGGAAGAAUUAGGUCUCUUCGCGAACGAUAUCCUUGAUCUUCGAGAAGUUGUUGAAAUUAACUCCGACUCCGACGAAACCCCUGCGAACAAGAGGCGAAGGGAAGAAGGACCAGGGUUUGGUGGUACAUUGUUGGGCAAUGCAGAUUCAUGCUGGUCUAGUUCUCCUGAACAAACUCCAGCUCCACACUUCAGCAAUCAGGAGAAGGCGUGCCGUGCCUGCACUUUUUCGAACACGUUCGACGCCCUCUCGUGUCAAAUGUGUGAUACAAAUUUUGUAUGA